UGUUGUCUUCCUCAGUCUUCAAGUGGAGGAAUCAAGACCUCAACAGGCCUGGCCCUGUUACUCAGCAACACUGACAGGCCACACAGCAAGCGGCCAAGAUAUUGCCUUCACACAGCAUUCCCCACCUGACAUGGAAAGGGGACAAGGGGACCAAGAGGAAGAGGUCACUAAGCCUCAAUCUUGAGAAUAUGCUGGAGUCCACCCAACCCUGUGGACUGGGGACCUUACUCAGUUCCACCAAUGCGAAGUCAGACAGCAUCCUCAGGCUGUUUUUCAAUUUCCUUGAUAAAUCCACAGGGUUUCUAUGCCAGCAAGUAGAGCUACUAACUCAAAGCAGACUGAGUGAGCUCCGUCAGCCCCUCUGGGGCUGGGGGGGUAUUGGCGCCACUCAAGAAAAUGAUGCUCUCACUACCAACUCAAAAGGCUACCUAUCAGUGUGCCCCCGCCAGCCCCUGGAGUGCACACGCAUGUGCACACACACACACGCACCAAGGGUAUGCAUGUAUACACUUCCUGCAGGGGCUGAGGUCAGGACAGGCUUCCCACAGCACAUGGAUGAAUAGCAGGUCUGUCUUGCCAGCUGUGUGCUCUCUCCCACCCAAAGAAAGCAGGAGAGACUCAGACAGCAGAGCCUGGAGUAGCCCACGCAGUCGGUUAGCAGCAGCAGUGCGUGUGAAGGCCGGUGCUUGAAGGCAGCAAGAUGGAAUCAGAAACGGAAAUCAUCGACCUCCAACCUGGGAACCCCAACCCCCGGAGGAGCCAGCCCAUCAACCUGAACCACUAUGCCACCAAGAAGAGCGUGGCAGAGAGCAUGCUGGACGUGGCCCUCUUCAUGUCCAACGCCACGCGGCUGAAAGCGGUGCUGGAGCAGGGACCGGCCUCCCACUACUACACCGCCCUCGUCACCCUCAUCAGCAUUUCUCUGCUCCUGCAGGUGGCCAUUGGAAUCCUCCUCGUGGUCAUUGCACGUUGGAACCUCAAUGAGGUAGGAAAGCAGGGCCAGGUUAACCAGCUCAACAACACAGCCACCAGCCUGGUCGCCAUCACGGUCAUCAUCAAUGUCUUCAUUACGGCCUUCGGGGUACACAAGACAGGCUCCCUGGCUGCCAGGACCUCAAGGAAUCCUCUCUGAACACAGCCUUGGGACCCAGGUCCUAGGUCUGGAACAGCUUCCGCCUCUCUCCUACCCACUCUGCUAGGCUGAGGGGCCCUUUCCAUAGCCCCUGGGAGAGCUUGAGAAGGGCAAUGGAGGUGCCCUUGCUCCCCACCAAGAGCAUCUGAAUGAAGAUGUGCUCUUUCACUGGUCUGAGUGAAUCCCAUCUUGGGCUGGAGUCCUGAGCUCAGAAUGGGGUACUGCCGACCUUUCUUUCUGGUAGUAUCUCCUGCACCUGAGGCGUGUCUACCUAAGGCCAAGCCCGCCCGGCUUCAGGACUUCUUACUCCACCUCAUUCCUUUCCUCCAUCCUAUCCAUUCCCUCUGCUCCAGGCCAAGUUCUCCCCUUUUGUAAAAUGGAAUGAUCUCUAUCUAUAAAGUUUUCUGUAAAUGCACUCUGAGUCAAUCUUUAUGCCUUUGGGCUAGUCUCUGGAUGCCCUCUCCAGCUGUGUUCUGGUAAGGGCUCGACUCCCUCUUCUCUGGGUCCUGCUCUGAGUCAGCUUUUCUGGCCCCACAUACCUUGGGCUAAUUACCAUCUGCUACAUCAAUGGCAGAUUACUUAGUUCUGGAUUGAUCCAUGUUUAUGCACAAUCCUUUUUGAAAACCUGUUAUAGCUUUCAAAUUAGCACCUUCCCUUAGGCAUGUGCUUAAGGCAUACAAACUCAUUUUGAUCUUUGCCUUAGCCAAACAGAAUGAGGACGGUAAAUUUGUACCUGUAAAGACCCAACCAGGCAUCAUAC